AUGUUGUUCGCCGCCUCGGUCAUCGUCCUGUUCAACUUGGCAUGGGCCCAAAAUUGCAAUUACGCGGCAGCCGGCGUCAACGUCAACUGGCAGGUAUUUCCCCACGUCAUUCCCGGAAAUUUCGUACAAAUCGAGUGAUUCAUCUUUAUUUGCUUGAUAAUCAACAAAUUGGUGAAAAUAGCGUCACUUUACCGGUUUUUAGUGACGAAUAUCCUGUUAGGAAUCUUUUAAAAUGAAGAUUUGAAACGUAUUUUUUUUUGUUGAAAUGAAAUCCCAAGCUGAAUAAUUUUGAAAUCGGCAUUUUGUUGCUGAAAAGUUAGUUAGGCAGCUGGAAUUUAUUAAAAUACGCGGAAAAAUCACAAAAUUAGGAGAAAUGGGAUACCUGAAUUGUUUAAAAAUCAAAAUAUGCCGCUUUGAAAUUGAUAAAAUUAUGCUUUUUCUGCAUUUCUACUUCAAGAAUUUGCUUAUCAAACAAAAUCGAAAAAACUAAAUUUUCAUGAAAAACCUUAAAAUUUAAAUUUUCCAGACCUCUAAUGGAAUGCUGACCAUUGACUUUUCAAACGGCGUCAUUCAAAAUAACGAGUGGACCGCGAUUGGCUUCGGAGCCAAAAUGGUAAGCUUCACCAAAAAUGUACCUACAAGACAUGAUUCCAGGCCAACUUGGAAGUGAUCGUCUUCAAAAUCGUCAAUGGGGUUCCCAGCGUCUCCACGGGCUUCACCAAGGGCUACGGUCCCCCGACUUUGGAUUCCAAUGCGAAUGUCGGAGUUCAGACUCUGAUGUAUAAUGGUAGGUCUUCAAGUGAAAAAAGGUUUUUACAGAAAUAUUCUAUAAGUCCAUUCAUAAGCCUUGGAUCCACACACUUAAAAUUCCUUAUAUUUUUCUUCAAUACCUCAAUUUUCCCCAUCUUUUUAUGAUUUUAACUUCUUGGAAAAAAUAUUCACAGCAAGUUUCCGAACACUUAUCUAUGAAAAAAAAAAUUGAAUCAUGAAAAUUACUCCGGAACUGCAGAGUGGUCUCUAUAGGGACAACCUUAGGGAUUCUUGUAGGCUCCACUCUAGGGACCACUUGACCAAUCCCUAUAGGGGCCACUAAAGCUUGCGAAAUUAGUCCCUAUAGGGACAUCGAAAAAAUUGAAUAAAUAAGAGUUUUUAAUAAAUUUUAAAGACCCCUAUAGGGACCAUUUAAGCUUUAGGGGCUCAGGAGUCACGCCCUGAACCCCUAUAGGGACCACUUGAGCUUUAGGGGCUCAGGAGUCAGACCCUAAACCCCUAUGGACCACUUUGAUUUUAACCCUUAUGGGAACCACUUUUUCGGCCCCUAUAGAGGUUCUUUUCUCCCUAAACCCUAUUUUGUACCUAUAGGACUCACUCUGAAGUACCUGAAAAAUGCAUGUUUUUCUCGGGGCUCAAUAAAGUUGGUAAGAGUGGAAAUUUUAAGGAAAUACCCUGACGGCUCGAAUCGUCAGACCUUUGGCCGCAAAUGGCCCAAGAAACUUUUCGCUUCAGAACUGCAUGACCUGGACUGUAAGUUUAAUUUUUUUUUUUCUUCCAUUCGGGGCUUUUUUGAGCCUAGAAUGCACUCUGGCCUUUUUUAAGCUUCUAAAAGGCUUUUUCAUUAGAAUAUCAUCAUAGGAAAAGUCGGAAAGGGUGGAAAAAGGCUCCAUAGAAAUGUUCCUUUUUGCGCCAUUUCAUCGGCUCUUAUGCGCCUUUUUUGCUGCCUCUUUUUUCUUCCAUCCCAGAAAAAAUGGAAGGCUCAAUGAAGGGGCUCUUUUUGCGGCCUUUUGCGGCCUUUUUUGAGCCUGUUUGCGGCUUUUUUUGCGGCCUUUUUGCGGCCUUUUUUGAGCCUUUUUUGAGCCUGUUUGCGGCCUUUCUGCGGCCUUUUUUGAGCCUGUUUGCGGCCUUUUUGCGGCCUUUUUUGAGCCUCUUUGCGGCUGUGUUUGUGGCCUUUUUCAAGCCUUUAAGCAGCCAUUAUCCACCCUUCCGACUUUGCUCAAGAUUAAAUUUUUAAGAUCGUCCCAAGAGGACCUCUAACCAAUGGAAACAUUCACAAACACACCACCCGACCCGAAGCGAUUCCGGUAAAUUUAACCCAGACAAGCGACUCAAGACCAAAGACUGGUUUCAGAACGUUUGCCCGGCGCAGUGCUGA